CUUGAAGAUAGUCUGUGUCUUGUGCGCCCACGUCGUGUUGAUACAGCAAGGCUGAUUGAUUCUGUUGAUGCGAUCCUAGAGAACGCGGGGAGAUACUUUGUUCAUAUCCUAUCGAACUCAAUCCUACGCCCGGCGCACGCAAGCCUCGCGUGAGUCCCCAGCUGGACGACCUCUCAUUUCUAGUCCAACGACCAAGCAAGUCCAUACAACCUAUACCUGAGUCGGCACAGCAGAUCGAACGACUAUUCAAAGUCAAGAAGAGCAGUGCCUCAAACUACAUAUACGGACCAGGCGACAAAACACAGCGCCUCGCCAAAAUGAAGUUGAUUCUUUCUACAUCUAACAUAAUGUCCUCUGGGCAGUCCAUUGUCCGGCGACCAUUAUUCUCCAAGUCCAACAUCGAACUGAUCAAUUCGCUGAGAUCGAACUUUGCCUCGUUCCAGCACCACCCCUCUGCUUCUUCCGAAAACGCCGACUCAACCCCGGAUUACAAACAAUGGACCACCGAGGAAGAUGACACACUAUACGUUCCCUCAUGGCGACCUACGCCGCUCAAAGAACCGCGAGAGUCCUACGACGUGACCGUCAAGCUUUUCUUCCUUCCGGGCAUCCCGAGUACAAGACGGUGUAAACACACGCGGGAAGCGAUCGAUCUGGUCCUGAAAGAGCUGGACAUUGAGAAUAUAGAUCUUUUGAUCGCCAGCUAUCCGGGCGUGACAUUCGAUGCCGACGACGAGGAGGAAGUGUCGGCAGAUGAAGACGAUGAAAGCGCACGCAGCGACGAGUCGGAAGGACUGGACGCCCAGAUCAAGACGUGGCAGGUCCUGGAGUCAUUACACGAAAAAGGUGUGAUAUCUCAACUUGGCGUCUCGGAGUUCAGUUCUGAGCGCCUUGAUAAGUUCCUGCCAGAGGUCAAAGUGCGACCGACUGUCGACCAGAUCAAUGUCAAGGACUGCUGCGUUGUACCUAAACCGCUGAUCGUGUAUGCCAAGGAGAACAAGAUCGAACUGCUGACUCACGCCGACUGCAUGGACAUCUUGCCACCCGGGACGACGAGAGAGUUGUUGGGACCCAGCAAAGAUGGAGCAGGCAUCCUUGCCGCAUGUCCCAAUGCUGGGGCGGACGAACCUGGCUUGAAAGGCGACAUUGAACCCCAGUGGGUUGUCAAAUAUACGGCCGUCGUGAAGAACCGUGGAGUGGUUGAGAACAAAGGGUACUUUGCUGUCGCCCAGCUUGGUAGCUGCAUCGAGGAGAAGCCUGAUGAAGAAGGCUUAUAGCCUCGGCCGAUGCGGUGCAAGGUAUCUCGUCUUAUUUAGCAUGGCGUUUUUGUGCGAGAUUCUCAAAGUACUUUUUGGCUUCUAGCCGAGCAUACUUCUCUUUCGGCCUCUCAUUCGAACAUCUUCUAAACGUUUGAGAACGACCUUUGAGCCCUUGUAACUCCCCCUAUAUCCUUCUUGACUCUGAAUAACUUCGGCAUCGAAC